AUGGUGUGUACUUCUUACAUGACCGUGUACGCCAUGCUGGCCGCCAUUUCGGUCGGCUCCGCCUCGGCUGGACACAGUGUGUGCUACGCGACGUGGCACAAUCCGGCCGUGACGAAGGAGGUCCUGCUGAAAGACGUCCUGGAGAUCGGUACCUACUUUUCGAGCUUCCGGACGUUCGAAACCCGCAUGGCCGGCUACAACAUCAUUCAAAUCGCCGGUGAGGCCGGCGUGAAAGUCGCCGCGGGCGUGCAGAUGAACGACGAGCAUGCCGUGGACGCCGAGAUCGAAGCCGUGUGCACCGGUUACAGCACCAACCCAGAAGCGCUUGAAGCCGUCUACGUUGGCAACGAGAACCUGCGCAACAAGGACUUUGGCACGGUUAGUGCCCAGGUGCUGAUCGGGUACAUCCAACGGGUCAAGGAGUGCACGCACGGGGCUGUGCCGGUUGGCACCGUCCAGCGCGCCAACGAGUGGGUCGGUGCCGAGGAUGCGAUACUGGUCGCCAAUGCGUCCGACGUGAUCGGGAUCAACAUCUACCCCUUCUUUACCCCGGGGGACUCGUCUCCCAUCGAGAAGCUCCAGGCUCAAUGGGACCAGAUGACGAGCAAGUACGGCGCUGCCAAGUGUCGGUUGACUGAGACUGGGUGGCCGACCAAGGGCGAAGACAAUGCGGGGAACCAUGCGUCCCUCGAGACGGCGCAGCUCUACUUUGACAGCUUCUUGACGUGGGCACAGGACAAGGCGUCGUCGUACUGGUUCAUGAUGUACGACACGACGAAGAGCUACACGGGCAUGGAGUACGAGAUGAACUUCGGUCUCUUCACUGCUACGGGCGCGAAGAAGAUCAACAUCCCUGGCUUCACGGGCUCCAAGACGGGCUCCCCUGUCAAUGACACGGGAAUGGCCCCCGGGACCAAUAGUCCUGGCAACGAUCCUCUCCAAAACCCCGUGCAGGGAACUCCCAUGGAGGGCACGCCUGGCGCCCCGGCUACACCGAGUCCCGAGCCCGUUAUCACCCUGAUUGAGCCUCAGUACUUUAGUGCCGACGGCAAGCCGCUGACUGGCGAUGCCAAUCGGCACUAUGAUGGGGUGAAUCCUCCUGCGGACGGAUCUACCGAUCACCCGUCUGUGGUAGAGUCUGGCAACGAUCCUCUCCAAAGCCCCGUGCAGGGAACUCCCAUGGAGGGCACGCCUGGCGCCCCGCCUACAUCGAGUCCCGAGCCCGUUAUCACCCUGAUUGAGCCUCAGUACUUUGGUGCAGACGGCAAGCCGCUGACUGGCGAUGCCAAUCGGCACUAUGAUGGGGUGAAUCCUCCUGCGGACGGAUCUACCGAUCACCCGUCUGUGGUAGAGUCUGGCAACGAUCCUCUCCAAAGCCCCGUGCAGGGAACUCCCAUGGAGGGCACGCCUGGCGCCCCGCCUACAUCGAGUCCCGAGCCCGUUACCACCCUGAUUGAGCCUCAGUACUUUGGUGCAGACGGCAAGCCGCUGAAUGGCGGUGCCAAUCAGGGCGUCCCGGUGCCAGUGACGACUCCUGGUACCCCAGCUGCGGAGAAGUCGGGCAUCCCCGAAGGCUCGCUUCAAAACGGCGCCGGCGUGCCUGGUUACUUUAACGAGGAGCCCAAGCCGGUGGAUGGCAGUGUCAAGAAGGGCAUCACGGUGGAAAAGAACGAGCCAGUGGUGACCCCUGGUACGCCGGUUGUGGUGGACUCUGGCAAAGACUGUGCCAUGUAA